UCUCUGUUCAGUGUGUUUACUACACUGCCGAGCAUAAGGGAGACACUCGUCUUCACAUGCACUGAUCCCACUGAGAAAAACAGUUUUUAGUUGUAUUUGUAAGAAAACCUCCAAGAGAUCAACAUGCCCAAGAGAAAGUCACAGGGAACAGAAGGAGGAGACAAGGAGGAGCCCCAGAGGAGAUCAGCUCGGUUAUCAGCGAAACCGGCCCCACCCAAGCCGGAACCAAAGGUCAAGAAAGCAGCAAAGAAAGAAAAGGCUGUGAACGAUAAGAAGGAGGACAAGAAGACCAAGAAGGCAAAGGAGAAUGCCGAGGCAGAGGCAAACGAGGAAAACCACUCUGAGAACGGAGAGGCCAAGACCAACGAGGUGGAGGCAGCCCCAGAGGAGGCCAAGGAGGAGGCCAAGUCCGAGUAGCACCACUGCCCAAGCUUCCUCCUCCUCUACAAUCCCUCCCCCCAACCCCCCAGCCAGCCAGCCAGCCCCCCCAAGUCUCUCACAUGGUUUCCCUCCAAGGCGUAUUGUUAACAGAGGAAUAUUUUUAUCAAUGAUUUUAUAAGUAUCCGUACAGAUUUUUAGCACAAAAAGCAAAGCUGAUUAUGGAGCGCCUUGCAGAUUUGCAGUGAUCAUAUCAAGUGUCUGCAAGCAAGAUGAACACACUAAAAUCUUUUUUAAAUGGCAUUUCAUGAUUGUUAAAGGCUUGUUUGGUGUAGAAAGUGUGUCCCUGCCGGAUUGGCUAUGUUGUGAGUUGUGUAUUCCUGUGUUUUUCUCUUCCCCGAUCUUCCCCCUUUCCCCUCUUAUCCCUCCUCCACAGAUUAGACCUUCCUCUCCUACAGUUCAGCCUUUUAUCCAUGUUUUAUUAACGGUUCAGCCAUGUUAAUGUGGGUGAUUCUUUUAGACCUCUAAAUGUGCAGUGAGUUCCCUUUGCUUCUGUCUCACGGUCUUUUUUUUUUUUCAUUGAAAUCGUGUUUUAAAAAAAAAUAUGCGUGUGAAGCGUGUUGUCCAUAAGAAAGAGGAAGACGAACAUGUGAAACAUUCCGGGAACAGUGAUGCCUCCGACCCGUCUCCUAGACGACCCUGCGUGUAAAGAAGAAAAAAAAAGAAAAAAAAAACACAGCUCCUGCUCCAUCCACGCUGUCGUGUCAGCUUUUCUAAACACUCUGGUUUUUUUAAAACGAUUGAAUUUGGAAACCUUCUCUGACAAAUGCAGGUGUCUGGUCCCUCUCUUAUGUUCUGAAAUUCUCUUAAUAAAAAGAAGUCCUGGGAAUUUUCCUCGAA